AUGCGAUUUUUAGCGAAGAAGCGCAAGAAAAAAGAUAAAGACAAAGCAUCGAAGGAUGACAAUGAAAAUGGGGGCAUGGAAAACUCUCAGUCGAAAUAUUACGAACCACACUUAGCGUCUAUAGGGAGACCAUUCGAAUGCUCCUCGGGAAAGGAUUGUUGGUGCGCGGGGGGGCUGUUACCCAACGACAAGAAGUUCGACCUCAGUGGCGCCAACGCCUGCCUGCUGGAGGCGUCCUUCAGAAACACGCUGAUCAAGGAACUUCAAGGGUCCCAUAAGAAGACUGGAAUCACACCACUCCACUAUGCCGCCCGUAACUUGAACAAGAAGUCGAUCAAACUCUUGCUUGAGGCGAAAGCGAAUCCCAUGAUUGUUGAUAUCCAUGGCAACACACCGCUGCAUUUUGCCGCCAUGGCCUCUUACUCCAACAGGCAGAAAGGGAAGGAUGCAAUUCGUGCACUGGUGAGUGCCAAGAAGAAAUUGGCCAAGUGCAAGACUGCACAAGACCUGAUUGUCGAACCUGCCGAAGAGUUCUACAAAAGCAGCAAAGAAAUGUUGGAAAACUCAAGAAGUGACGCUGUUAGAAGUAAGAUCCAGGAAGCUGUAGCUCUGACUGAGGAAGUCACUAAGUUUGCAAGGUUGCAUCUUAACCCUUCGAAAUAG